AUGGUCAAUAUUUCCGAUUUUUUUGGUAAAAAUAGGAAAUCUUCAAGAUUGUCAACAUCUAGACCUACAGGGCAAGUAAGGGCAUCUGAGCCAGAAGUUAUUGAUCUAGACAAUGAAUCAGAUCAAGAACCAAAUGAUAAAACCCCUGAAAAAUCAUCUGCAAGUAAGAUAAUUCAUAUAUCAGAGACACCAGAAUCUGAAAAAAAGCUACCCAUUUCCACAAAGAGAAAAGCUUCUUCACCAGUAGUCAAGUCAUCGAACUUCAAAAAAAAAAAAAUUGUCCCUGAAGUUGCACACCCUGCUUCAGUUAUUACGGCACAAGACGUACUAGAUAAAAUUCCGUCCUUGGACCUGUCAAAUGUUCAUGUUAAGGAGAAUAUUAAGUUUGAUUUCAAGGGCGCAAACUCUAAAGUUGAUCCAGAUGAAAUUGCUUCAGAAAUAGGCGAUUUUCCUGAAGGAAAGCCGAAUUGUUUAUUAGGUCUAACAAUUGUUUUCACAGGUAUAUUACCAACCUUAGAGCGUGGAGCGUCUGAAGCCUUAGCCAAGAGAUAUGGUGCAAGGGUUACUAAAUCAAUCUCAAGCAAAACUUCAGUAGUAGUUUUAGGCGAUGAAGCAGGACCAAAAAAACUAGAGAAAAUUAAACAAUUAAAAAUCAAAGCUAUAGACGAAGAAGGUUUUAAGCUACUAAUUGCUGGAAUGCCUGCUGAAGGUGGUGACGGAGAUGCUGCCGAAAAAGCACGUCAUAAACUAGAAGAACAACACCAUAUUGCUGCCAAAGAAGCAGAAUUACUUGUUAAGAAGGAAGAAGAAAGGGCUAAGAAGCUUGCCGCCUCUAGAUUAUCUGGCAGCCAUGCUCAGAGGGAUAAUGUAGUUAGGGAAGAAGAUAAAUUGUGGACUGUAAAGUACGCACCAACGAAUCUUCAACAAGUCUGUGGUAAUAAAGGAAGUGUGACUAAAUUGAAAAAUUGGUUAGCCAAUUGGGAAAAUUCGAAGAGAAAUGGAUUCAAACAUGCUGGUAAAGACGGUUCCGGAGUUUUUAGGGCUGCAAUGCUAUAUGGUCCUCCUGGUAUUGGGAAAACAACUGCUGCUCAUUUAGUUGCAGAAGAGCUUGGGUAUGAUAUUCUUGAGCAAAACGCAUCUGAUGUUCGCUCUAAAACCUUACUUAAUGCUGGUGUUAAGAACGCUCUGGAUAAUAUGUCUGUCGUAGGUUAUUUCAAGCACAACGAAGAAACACAUAAUAUAAACGGGAAGCAUUUUGUCAUUAUUAUGGAUGAAGUUGAUGGUAUGAGUGGGGGUGAUAGAGGUGGGGUUGGUCAGUUAGCACAGUUUUGUCGUAAAACAUCAACACCAUUGAUAUUGAUUUGCAAUGAGCGUAAUUUACCGAAAAUGAGACCCUUCGAUAGAGUCUGUCUUGAUAUUCAAUUUAGAAGACCUGAUGCUAACAGUAUCAAAUCAAGAUUAAUGACAAUCGCUAUUAGAGAGAAGUUCAAACUUGACCCAAAUGUUAUUGACAGGCUGAUUCAAACUACAAGAGGUGAUAUUCGCCAGGUCAUCAAUCUUCUUUCAACGAUAUCUACGACUACUAAAACCAUUAACCACGAAAAUAUCAACGAGAUCUCAAAAGCAUGGGAAAAGAAUAUUGCCCUAAAACCUUUUGACAUCGCUCAUAAAAUGUUUGAUGGACAAAUAUACUCCGAAGUAGGUUCAAGAAACUUUACCCUAAACGAUAAGAUUGCCCUAUAUUUUGAUGACUUUGAUUUCACACCCUUAAUGAUCCAGGAAAACUACUUAUCUACAAGGCCAAGCGUUUUGAAACCUGGCCAAACACAUUUAGAAGCUGUUGCUGAGGCGGCUAACUGCAUUUCAUUGGGUGAUAUGGUCGAAAGGAAAAUUCGUAGUAGCGAGCAGCUAUGGAGUCUAUUGCCAUUGCAUGCUGUCCUUUCAGCUGUUUAUCCAGCGUCAAAGGUUGCUGGUCAUAUGGCAGGAAGAAUCAAUUUCACCACUUGGCUUGGCCAAAAUUCCAAAUCUGGUAAAUAUUACAGGUUACUGCAAGAGGUACAUUAUCAUACAAGAUUAGGAACAUCUACUGACAAGAUUGGAUUAAGGCUGGAUUAUUUACCGACUUUUAAAAAGAGAUUAUUGGAUCCAUUUUUGAAGCAAGGUGCUGAUGCGAUCCCAUCUGUGAUUGAAGUAAUGGAUGAUUACUAUUUGACUAAAGAAGAUUGGGAUUCUAUUAUGGAGCUUUUUGUAGGUCCUGAUAUGACAGUAGCGGCUAUUAAAAAGAUACCUGCUGCUGUUAAAAGCGGAUUUACGCGAAAGUAUAACAGUAUGACACAUCCAGUGGCAAUUUACAGAACAGGUACUACUAUUGGUAGCAGUUCUAUUAGUGCUAACGCUAGUACGCCUGAUUUUGAAGAUGUCGUUGACGCAGAUGAUAACCCAAUCCCUGCAGAUGACGAUGAAGCACCAGACAGUAACAUAGACUUGAAAAAGGAUAAACUUAUCAAACAAAAAGCUAAACCUACAAGAAAGAAGACCGCAGCCGGCAAAUCGAGUAGCAGCAAAAAAAGAAAAACUAAAGAAUAG